GAAACUUAUGUCUCAGUACUUGCCCUUCCUUCCUCAGAGCCAGGGCACCCGCGGCGGCUUCAGGGCGCCUCACCGCGCGUGCUCGGCGUCCUCCCCGGCCGCGCCUGCGCCCUGGUGCCCGCGCGCGGGGCGAGGCGUCGUGCGUGAGGUGUGUGUGUGUGUGUGUGUGUGUGGAUUCGGUUCGGCCGUUGGCGCCGACUCCUCGGUUAAAUCCCUUCAUGGCGGCCCCGGCCGGGUUGCCGCGGCGCUAGGCCUCGCUGGCUCCCUCGCCGGGGCGGUCCCUCCCUCGAGGGAGGCGGCCAUGGCGAGCCGGGGAGCUCCGCUGGUGCUGCUGGCGGCGGCGCUGGCGCUGGCCCGAGGCGGAGGCUCCUCAGGGCUGCCCGAAGGCUGCAAACAGGACGGAGGAGGAGGAGGAGGAGGCGGCGGCGGCGGUCGCCUCAGGAGCGGCAGCGGCAAGGCUUCUCCGCCGGGCGAAGCGGGAGUGGGAGGGAAGGUGGUCUGCAGCAGCCUGGCUCUGGCCCGCGUCCCGGACCCCGGCGGGCUCCCCAACAGGACGGUCACCCUGUGAGUAAGCGACGCCGAGGAAAGGGCUGGGGGGAGGGCCGGGGUCCGCUGGGAGUGGGAUUGGGUCCCUGCGAUGGAGACUUCUUUUUAAAAUCUCUAUUAUUAUUAUUAUUCGUUGUGGUUUUCCCCUCCUCUCGGUAGUACUGAUCGAUUCGGCCCUUUAUUAUUAUUAUUAUUAUUAUUCGUUGUGGUUUUCCCCUCCUCUCGGUAGUACUGAUCGAUUCGGCCCUUUAUUAUUAUUAUUAUUAUUCGUUGUGGUUUUCCCCUCCUCUCGGUAGUACUGAUCGAUUCGGCCCUUUAUUAUUAUUAUUCGUUAUGGUUUUCCCCUCCUCUCGGUAGUAAUGAUCGAUUCGGCCCUUUAUUAUUAUUAUUAUUAUUAUUCGUUGUGGUUUUCCCCUCUCGGUAGUACUGAUCGAUUCGGCCCAUUAUUAUUAUUAUUAUUAUUAUUAUUCGUUAUGGUUUUCCCCUCCUCUCUGUAGUACUGAUCGAUUCGGCCCUUUAUUAUUAUUAUUAUUAUUAUUCGUUGUGGUUUUCCCCUCCUCUCGGUUGUACUGAUCGAUUCGGCCCUUUAUUAUUAUUAUUAUUAUUAUUCGUUGUGGUUUUCCCCUCCUCUCGGUAGUACUGAUCGAUUCGGCCCUUUAUUAUUAUUAUUAUUAUUCGUUGUGGUUUUCCCCUCCUCUCGGUAGUACUGAUCGAUUCGGCCCAUUAUUAUUAUUAUUAUUAUUAUUAUUAUUAGUUGUGGUUUUCUCCUCCUCUCGGUAGUAUAUGGGGAGGGCGGGGUAUAAAUAAAAAUUUAUUAGUAGUAGUAGUAGUAGUAGUAGAUCGAUUCGGCCCUGCUCUUUACCCCGUGUGUUUGGCUCAUUGUUUAUGAUUCCUUCCCACUCCCCUUCAUGCCGCCUUUUCAGCGUGGUUUCGGGCUGUGCCAAAGGCGGCGUGCAGAUAAAAAGGUGGUGGGGUGUUUUGGGGCGGGUGGGUGGGUGUGGAAGAUGCUCCGUCUCCCUCUCGUGGUUGUUGUUUUUUUUUCCUCUCCCCCCCCCCCGCUAUUAACGCACAACCCCUAUAACAGGGGUCAGCAAACUUUUUCAGCUGGGGGCCGGUCCACUGUCCCUGAGACCUUGUGAGGGGCCGGGCUAUAUUUUGGAAAAAAAAUAAAUGAACGAAUUCCUGUGCCCCACAAAUAACCCAGAGAUGCAUUUUAAAUAAAAAGGCACAUUCUACUCAUGUAAAAACACCAGGCAGGCCCUACAAAUAACCCAGAGAUGCAUUUUUAAUAAAAGGGCACAUUCUACUCAUGUAAAAACACGCUGAUUUCCAGAACGUCCGUGGGCUGGAUUUAGAAGGCGAUUGGGCCGGAUCCGGCACCCGGACCUUAGUUUGCCUACCCAUACCCUAUAACAACACCUUCCCUUUAAUAUAUAUAGAGAGAGAUAUAUAUAAUAGGGAUGUGGGUGGCGCUGUGGCCUAAACCACUGAGCCUUGGGCUUGCAGAUCAGAAGGUCAGUGGUUCAAAUCCUCACAAUGGAGGGGAGUUCUGUCCCAGCUCCUGCCAACCUAGCAGUUAGAAAGCAUUCCAGUGCAAGUAGAUAAAUAGAUAAAUAGGUAGCACUGUGGCGGGAAGGUAAACGGCGUUUCUGUGCACUCUGGUUUCUGUCACGGUGUCCCGUUGCGCCAGAAGCAGUUUAGUCAGCCUGAAAGCGAGAUGAGCGCCGCAACCCCAUAGUCGCCUUUCACUGGACUUAACUGUCCAGGGAUCCUUUGCCUUUUAUGUAUAUAUACACACACACACACACACACACACACACACACAGAGUCAUACCUCGGGUUACAGACGCUUCAGGUUGCUUUUUUUCGGGUUACGGACCGCUGAAACCUGGAAGUACCGGAACGGGUUACUUCCAGGUUUUGGCGGUCGUGCAUGCGCCGAAUCGCAACCCGCGGAGAUGCGGGUUGCGAACGCUGCCGGUUGCGAACAUGCAUCCUGCACGGAUCACGUUUGCAAACCAAGCAUCCAUUGUAUAUAUAUAGAGUUAUUUGAUUUUUCAACUUAAAAUGUUACAGCGAUACAUCAAACAUCAAUCAUAAAAACAAGAUUCCAGGAAUUUCCUGGAUUCCCCCCCCAUGUGUGUCCUGUUAUUAACCAGUUCUUCCCAUGUCUUUUUUGAUAAUCCAAACUCUUUACUUCCAUUAUGUCCAGAAUUCAACUUUAAACUACAAGUCCCAAUCCUACUAAUGAUUUUAACUGUUUACAGUGGCCUUUAAGAUAAGUUAUAAACUUUACCCAUUCCUUAUUAAAAAUUUGGUCUUCCUGACUAUAACAACACCUUCUGUUCCCUCCUCCUGCUUCAUGCUGGAGCCUGCUUUCUGACUAUGGAAAGGCAACAUGCUGAUAAUGUGAAGUACAGUGGUGCCCCGCAAGACGAAUGCCUCGCAAGACGGAAAACCCGCUAGAUGAAAGGGUUUUCCGUUUUUUGAGUUGCUUCGCAGGACGAAUUUCCCUAUGGGCUUGCUUUGCAAGACGAAAAUGUCUUGCGAGUCUUGAGAUUUUUUUUCCGCUCCCCCCCCCUUUUCUAAGCUGCUAAGCCGCUAAUAGCCUUUUAGCAGCUAAGCCGAUAAGCCUUUAAUAGCCGUUAAACCGCUAAUAGCGCUAAUCCACUAAUAGGGUUGCUUCGCAAGACGAAAAAACCGCUAGACGAAGACACUCGCGGAACGGAUUAAUUUCGUCUUGCGAGGCACCACUGUAUAUGGAUGUUAGGGGUUGUCCUAUGUACUUUUUUUUUUACAGGGUACAUCCUCUUUUUCAUGGGUAUGUAAAAUAAGAGCCAUCAUUGCGAUCCAUAGUUAAAAGUAUAAGUCGGCAAAUGUGUCUUUUCUCUCUCUUCGAAAUAUGGCAACCCUAGGAUGUGUGGAAGAUGUCCUGUCUCCCUCUUGUAAUUGGUUUUUGUCACUCUGUGUAACAGCGCUCCUUCUCACAACCCCAUAACACCAUCUUUUGCACAACCCCAUAACACCAUCUUUCCUUCCCUCCAUCCACCUCACACCAUAGCGUGGCGUUUUAGCUAUGGAAAGGUGGCAUACAGAUAAAGCAAUGUGUGCAUGGCAUGGAAGAUUCCUGGUCUCCUCCUCAUAAUUGUUUUUUUGUCACACAGUGUAAUAAUGCUCUUUCAUGCAAGCACUUUGUAAAUAAAGUAAAUAACAACUUCUUCCUUCCCACUUGAGCAUGGUUUCUCGCAGCAUACAGGAAAAGGGAUGUAUGGAAGAUGCCUGGUCUCCAUGUAGUAAAUGGUGCAGUAACACCCUUUCACACAUGCACUUUGAAAAUAAAGUAAAUAACAACAUCUUCUUUCCUUCCUCCCAAUUCACACCUCACUCACAGUGUUUUUUGGGAAAUAAUUGCUUUCCUGCAGGUACAUGGGCUGCAUGAGCAUUCUAAGAAAGCCUUUGCCUAUGCUGGAUCAGACCAAAAGUACCAUCCAGCAGCAUUUUGUUCAUUUGUUUUUUAAAAAAUAAUUUAUUUUAGUUACAGUAGUUUGUAAAAUUUAUAUAGCUCUUGAUCGUGGUGGUGGUGGGAGCCUCUCAAAGCUGUUUACAAAAAGAGGAAAACAAUAAAAGACAUCAACCCAAAAUAUUUUUCAAUCGUAAUUUGAAACAUUCCAAUAGAUAAAAAUGCAGUAGAAAUGGACUAAAACAAAUUAAAACUUGUACAGUUUUUCUAAAUGUCUGGGUAGCUUGUGUAAAUAAGAAUGUCCUCAGGCACCAAAAAGAAUACAAUGAAGACACCUGCCUCAUAUCAAUAUGUUGCCAUAUACGUUUGUCUUGUUUCUGUUUUCCCAUUUUCUCCUUCUUUCACUAUCUUUUCAGUUAAAAAAGAAAAGCAAAUAAACAGAGAUGCCACUGGUAUGACUCACUUAAUGUUAACGCACAAGCCCCCUCUUCGUCCCAAUCUUUUGGUAGCUUACCGAAUGAGGGUGAUCACCAGUCGUCUUUGGUUUGCCACCAACAUCCAGAACUCAAAUGCAUACUCUCUGAACAUUUAAGUAUCACAGCAUAAUGGAUAUACUAUGUCUACCUACCUCACAGCAUUCUUGUGAGGCUAGAAGAAAGGAGACAGCCACAAUGCUUAGAAUAAUGAGAAGAAUUCCAAUAUAUCGUAAAUUUAUGAGGUUCAAAAAUGUUUGGUUCCUUAGGAAUAUAUUGACUAUCUUAAUUAAGGACAACAAAUGCUGUGGUUAUGCAUUUUUUAAAAAACUUGAUGUAUUUUAAACAGUUUUUUAAAGUUUUAGGAUAGGAAAGAUAAAUGAGAAAAUAUGCAUGCUAGGGUUUUGUCAAUUUUAUAAACAUUGUUUAUGCCACUGGUCUUCAACUGGUGGAUCAGGAUCCACCAGUGGGUCACAGCCUGUUCCAAGGUGGGUCACAACAGGAACACUACCAGUAUAUGGUAAAAGAUUAAGAAUGCACAUUUGGGUUAAAAGUGGGUCCUAGGUCUGUAAAAGCUAGAGAGCCCUUGUCUAUGCUAUAUACCUGUUACAUCAUAGUGAAGCUUAUUUUUAAACCUGUUGAUUAGACCAUCUGUUUUAAUAUUCAAGUUACUAUUUUUUAAGUGCAAGAUCCAAUUUAAAGAGGCAGUAUGGGAUAUUAUUCCAUAACCAAAGAAAAGUCAGGAGCUAUUGGAAAUGUUUGAAGUUCUAGGUAAUAACAUAUAAGCAACAUCUUAACACACUGGUAACCUUUACAGAUCUAUUCAUUACAGUGACUGCCAGAAUAUCAACUUGGAGUUUACAUCUUAUAUAUUUGUGUUGAGGGGACUUGGCAGGAAUAGGGAGGUGGCAUAUGAAGUAAAAUAAUAGUGAUGUAGCUCUUGGCAGCUAAUUUUUAUGUUCUAUGCAGAACGAUGUAAGUUCUGUAUCAAAGAAUCUCCAUAAAUCACGCAGAAAGAUUUCUGUGUCCAUUACAUCUGAAAUUACAUUUCAUGCCAAUUUGAAAUUUGACCAAAUUUAACAUUAUAGUAAUGGCAACAUUUGGUGUCUGUUGCUAGAUAUUUGUGGCAGAAAAAUACAAAGCUCACCUUGUUUGCCUGACUGCAAUAGGACACCCAAUAAAUGAUACAGGCAUUGUAUUGGUCAUUUAUGUUGAGAGGUUGAUUGUGUUAAGUGUAACUCUUCUUUAUGGCAGGAGGAGAAUGGCACUGUAAUAAAAAUGGUUUUGGAGUGAAUGCCAUGAACUACUAGGCCUUUAAGUUUUAAGAUAAUGUCUAUAUUUGUUCACGCUACUAAUAAAAUAAGCUCCUGAGCAAGAGGUACAUUUGGAAUAUAUAUGGUGUGUAUAACUUGCUUAGAAUUGGGAAAAACUGCCACUUGUUUAUAGGAUUGUCUAGAGGAUGGAUUUCAUUGUUGGUUCUGGCAAGUGUUCCUACUACUUUGGUAAUGCUUUACAGGACACAACUGUUAGGUGAUCACAUGACUGCUAAGGCUUGUAAGAUACUGGGAAAGAAGGAAUGGUGUAGAGUGUGAAUGAGUUUCCCUUUGAAUAAUAGAAUGUGAGACAUCAAAUGGAAUUGCUUGACAGUAGGUACAGGAAAGACAGAAGGAAGUACUUCAUAUAACAUAUAAUUAACUCAGGGAGUUCAUUGCCACAGGAUAUAGUGAAAGCCGCAAGCUUAAAUGGCUCUUAAAAAAGGGGAUUCGACAAAUUCAGAGAGAAUAGAUCUGUCAGUGGCUAGAUUAGAAUCUGUAUUCCCGGAGUACUGUAUGGUGGAGACAAACAACUGGAUACUUCCCACCAUCGUACUGUGUAAGCUUCUGAAAAGUAUUUGGUUAGCUGCUGCAGGAAAUUGAAUGACUCUUGGGAUUGAUCUAACAAAGCAGCUAUUGUGAAAGAACCAUCUCCAGCCACUCCAAAAGAUCAAAUUUCAGAGGUGCCCAGCAGUUUUUUUUGUAGUCAUCAAGUUGAGUACCAGCCCUAAUUAGGGCUGUGAGAGUUUUUCGUUUAUUUUUAAUUAAUUAAUUUAUACAUCACUUGCAUGACAGAAUGGCUACUAAGCAGUUUACAAGAAUAAAAUCAAUUAUAAAAGCCAUAUGUAUUUAAAACGCACAAUUUAAAAAAUGCAUCAAAACACUAAAACAAGUGCAUCAGAAAGCAUAACAGUUACAAGAGCAGGUAUAGCAGUUGGAUCAGGAAGAUCAAGGGAAAGGGAACACUCACCUAAAUAGAUGCACCUUUAAGAGUCUGCAGAUUGCCAGUACAGGCGAGGUCUUCUCUAUGCCAGCAGGGAGGUAUUCGAAAACACUAGUACCACUAGUGAAAAAUAUAAAGCCUCAAAUGUAUAGUUGGUUACUUUCUCUAACCUUGGAUAUGUGGUUCUCAUAAAGACUGAUAAAUAUCUAGUUGGAACAGUACCAUGAGCUACAGAUUUUAAUUUGAUUGUCAUUUUGCAAUAUUUUCCAACUUAAAAUUCAGACAUUAUUUCCCCCCCCCAAAAAAAUUGGAACGUAGUUUCUUAAACCUUAUGAACUCUAGCCCAUAGAACAAAAAUAAUAAUAAUUCUGCAUUAAAAGAAUAAUGAAAACUAAAAUUUUAUAUAUGCAAAUGAACAGUUUUAAUACAGAACAGCACUGCUUUACUACUUUCGUAUUGAAUUUGAAAAUGACCAGGAAACUGUUCUGUGAAACAACAAUUGAAGAUAUUCACCCUUCAGUUCCUUAUUUUCUAUUUAGCUGACUUGAUUAUAUUUUAUUUAUUAAAUUUCUAUACCACCCUUCAUCCAAGGAUCACAGGGCGGUUUACAAUAUAAAAACACAAAAAUACAUACCAUAAUUACGAUACGAUAAUCUUUAUUGUCAUUGUCCCAUACAGAACAAAGAAAUUGAAAAAUCUACAUAAAACAUUCAAAACCCAACAAGCCUGCUAUCCCAGCUAUCCCAACCUGGUUAGCCCCCUAAAAACUCUGAUACCCCAUUUUUUAAUACAAUAUACUCCCAUAGAGACUCCUUACACUGUGUUUAAGACCAAAAUCGCAUUUGGGUAGAAACUGUUUCUCAGGCGGCUAGUCCUAGUCUUUAUAACCCUGUACCUUCUUCCAGAAGGCAGAAGCUGAAAGAGAUCAUUUCCGGGGUGCGCACUAUCCUGCGCUAUCUCUGCAGCUUUCUUAUGGCACCUGGAAGCAUAGAUUUGAUCCAAGGUGGGAAGAGUGCACCCAGUUAUUCUCUGCGCAGUCUUUACAACUCUUGACAGCAUUGUUUUUUCCCUGACCGUGCAGCUCCCAAACCACACACACAGACUAUUAAGUUAAUACACCCUCCACAGUACAAUGGUAAAAUGCCAUCAACAGGUCCUCUGAGAGAUGGUUUUCCAGAGGAUUUACAAACAAAACAGCAUGUUUUGUAAAGACAUUCGAUACUCUUGCCAUCCACUUCCCCAUCAAGUUACUAGAUAUGAGUAACUUCCCCAUCAUUACUAGAUAUUAAGUGGCCUGCUAGGAUAUUGAGUUGCUUAGAAUCCCAAAAACUACCAGGGGUUUGGGAUGGGGUAGGAGCUAUACCCAAAAGCGGACAUAAAUUCCACAUCACCGGCUGGAUUCAGCUAACUGUUCCCACUAGUAGAAGCCUGUUCAAGAACUUCUGCUAGCACAGUGGGGUGGCACCCCUGCCCUCCCCAAAUUGAAUCAAAACAGUGUGAGGGGAGCGGAGGGGAGAUUGUUCUACCAGGCAAGCAGAAAUACUUGCAUUGACAGAACAUUUGUAACGGCAUGGUGUUAAAUUCCUCUUCAUGCCUUGAAUUUUCUUCAUAAAAAAUCCGUUCACAAAACAACCCAAAAUAUAUGGAUAGAAGUAGGUUCGCAGCAUGAUGCCACAUCCCACUGCAGCUACUCCAGUGGCUAAAGCAGCAUUCCAGGAAAGUGAAGCAAUGCAGUUGCUGGUAUGGGAAAGGCAAGAUGAAUCUGGUGUCCCUUGGGAGGUGACCUGAAGCUUUGCCACAAAUGGGCUUUUUUCAAGUCCUGGUGCAACUUUUCUUCAGGCUUUAGCAAGAGGACAAGGUGCCUUGUUGUGCCAGCACUCAAGUUCUUGAUCCUGCAAACCUGUAUGUUCCCUGUGGGAUGGCAGAUAGCGGGAGGGAGGGAUGGAGGGCAAUUUAGUUUGGGGAAACAUGGAAGGAAAGUGUGUGUGUGUGUGUGUGUGCGCGCGCGCGCGCGCCCCCCCCCCCCCCCCGGCUGUUGUUUCAACUUAAUUUUGGGGAUCUCAAGGCUGCUUCUAAAUAAACAUACAGUCAUCAAGUCCUUUAUGUGAUCUAUCUUGGCUCUGAGCUUUGUGAAUGAACGAGGAUUUUAACCUGUACAGUUAUACCUCAGGUUGCGAUUGCUGCGAGUUGCGUGUUUUCGGGUUACCGAUGCGCCAAAACCCGGAAGUACCGGAAUGGGUUACUUCUGGGUUUCGGCACAUGUGCAGAAGCAGUAAAUCACGCUUUUCCACAUGCGCAGAAGCGCCGAAUUGCAUCACGAGCAUGCACAGACGUGGCGCUUCGGGUUGCGAACAUGCCUCCUGCACGGAUCACGUUCGCAACCUGAGGUUCCACUGUAUCUGUUAAGUGCAACAUAGUUUGUUUUGCCUGGAACCAAAUACUCUGGGUGACCUGCAGAAGCCCUGUUUGUACAGCUUUUUGCAGUUUUGUGUCCUACCAUACUUUUGAAGUGCCAGAGCUGAACCAGUCUUCCUGUUUACCUUCCAGGGUAAGACAACCUCUCCACCUUUUAAGGGUGGAAAUACGGUCAGAGAUCCUUAGGUAUAUAGUGAAAAGUUCCUUUUGUUUUUCCAGCAUCUCACGGUGUUAACAGUCCUGUCUUUUCCUAACUACUGCUUAAGAGGUAGUCCACUAUCAAAACUGAGAAAUGCAAGACUUUUCUUUCCAGAGCUAUAUUAUGUAUAUGCUAGCUAUUCAUAUAAUUCAAUUAUGGUUAGUAUUUUUUUCCAUUGUAGAAUCUUUUUAUCAGUAGUAAUUGUAGUAAUAAAACCAUAUUUGCAUUUCUGUUCUCCAAAAUUACUUUGAGUACAUCUUUUUUUUAGUUUGCUUAUGGCUGUAAAAUGUUCAAACUGUAAAAAUAAAGCCAGUUUAUUUGUCUUACCAAAAGAAAGAAGCCAACUGGAAAAGGUUGGGGGGGUAUGAGGAGGCAGGAUUCUGCUGUCUAGACUUGAUGUUUGUGGUUUGAACAUUUUGAGGUAACACACUACCAGUUAAUUUAAAUGAACUUUCUGCCUUUGUAAUUGAGCAGACUGUCAGGAUUUGUCAGGUCUUGGCCUAGGUUCUAGACAGGAUGCAACUGGUGUUAAGUUCACAUUGGAUCAGGUGAACUAGGAACAAAAGGCAAGAGACAAUAGACAGAUAAGAAUCAAAAGGCCAGAGGCAAGUGCAGAGUCAGAGCCAGGCAGAAAGCGGACUGACUUGCGCUAGUCACUGUGUCUCAGCCUUGUAGUUAGGCAGCGUGGUUUUGAGGCUAAAAGUGCAGAACAAGGGAAUUGUACACUCCAUCUUAAGCUGCUUGGUGGAAAGGCAAUAUUAAAGUGUAAUAAAUAGGCCCCACAUUUUAAAAUUAUAUCUAAUUAUGCUCUGUCAAUAUUUGCUUGCAUUAAUGCUGUUAAUCAUACUGCUGCAAAGCCUCAGCAUAAAGUUGCUACUUAGUUGGCUCAUGAAAUGCAGAUAAUAAAAAGUGAAUCUUGUACGUUUUCAAAGGUCUCAUUAAAAAGUAAUAGUCUUCUACUUUGUACUUUAUUUUCUCAGUGUGUGGUGUAUAAUCCCCUCCCUCCCCCGGGUUGGAGGCUUCAAUGCUGUACAAGGUGAAAUGUCCAGCAACAAUCUGUUGAAAAUAUAUUAUAUAUAGAAGUACCUUGACAGAGGACGGAGCUUAGAACAGUUUAUACUGUCAAAACAUCUGCAGAUGGUGCUUAAAGCAAUACUGUGCAACUCUUUGAGGGUUUUUCUUUGUCAAGUGUUUCUUUCACAGUGUUCCCUGGAACUUUCCCCAGAAAAAUAUUUACUUACACUUCAGAAAGCUUUCAGUGUGGCCACUGUUUUCUGUAGGAAAGAUAUUUCAUGAUUGUACAGAUGGUAGCAUAUCCUCUUAGGAUAACCUUUCAUAUUAUGAUAGGAAGUAUUUACUGUUAUUAAUAAUGGCUGGCAUCCAAAAAGCUUCUUUGAUUCACAUAAGGGACUCUUAUCAGUCAUACAGAAUUCUUUCCCCCCUUUUAAGCAGCUGAUUCCUAUGUCACAUCACAAACAGUGAACAUAGGCAGACUAUUAAACAUGUUUCAGUGUUUGUAUGUAUCAUAAGGGGGUACUUCCUGAGUGACCAAUAUCAUAUUUGCAAGUGUCUUUAUAUACUAUUUUGUGUUAGCUAAUAUUAUUUGAACUCAAGAUGUUUUCCCAGAUAGUUUAAAUGCUUUCUUUUUAUUGUGUUUAUAAGAAGCAGCAGUUAGUACAGAAUGCUGCAGUACAGUGAGACCCUGUCAGCCUCUUGACACUAGUUGCCUCUUUGCUACUGGGCCAAAUUCAAGGUGUUGAUAUAAAGAGCCCUUAACAGCUUGGGACCAGUUUACUUGUGGUAUUGCUUUACUAUCUGCAGAACUGGCACUGUUACAGGUACCACAUAUGACCCAUUCUGCACUUGUAAGAAAUUGAUAUUUUAGUGUGGCAGCAUCUACACUUUGAAACUUCCCCUCUACAGAAAGGCUGUACUCUUUUGGGCACUUGCUUAACACUUUCGUCCAGGCAUGGCCAAACUUGGCCCUCUAGCUGUUUUGGAACUACAUCAUCCCUAGCUAACAGGACCAGUGGUCAGGGAUGAUGUGAAUUGCAGUCCCAAGACAGCUGGAGGGCCAAGUUUAGCCAUGCCUGGUAGGCAAACCUAUCUAGACAAGUAGACGUUACAUCUGUUUUAUCUCUUUUAAGCUAUUGUUAGCUUUUAUUUCAUAUAUUGAAUGCUUUAUAUACUUUUUCUUACUGAUACUUUUAUUGUUUUGUUAUUUUUGUAACGGUUUAGACGUUUGUGGGGGUUUUUAAACAGUAAAUCACUAUAUAGAUUUAAAGAAAAAAGUGAGGGAGAGAGGACAUUAAUGGUAAGUCAAAGUACAGUUUACCAUUAAUGUGUGGGCUCGUGAAGAUUGCAGCUUCUUUGCUCCUUCAGGGAUUCUGUGAGCUGAGCUAUGGUUUGGCUUAGCAUGUCUUCAAAAUCCAGGCUCAGCUGUCACCAAGGUUUGCCACUUGUGGUUUGUCUAGAGGAGACAAACCACAAGUCCAGGUUCGGAUGACACAUUAAGCCAAAUCAGUCCAGAGAACUGUCACUCUCAUGCCCUCGCACUAAAGGUAAAGAACCCCUGACGGUUAAGUCCAGUCAAGUUCAGCUAUGGGCUGUGGCACUCAUUUCCACUCAUUUCCACUUUCAGGCCAAGGGAAGCUGUCCGCAGACAGCUUUACUGAGUCAUCUGGCCAGCGUAAAUAAACUGCUUCUGGUGCAUGGGACACCGGGACGAGUACCAGAGUGCAUGGAAACACCAUUUAUCUUCCCGCUGCAGCAGUACCUAGUUAUCUACUCAAGCUGGUAUGCUUUUGAAUUGCUAGGUUGGCAGGAGCUGGGACAAAGCAAUGCAAGCUCAUUUUGUUACACAAAUUCAAACUGCCGACCUUACAAUUGGCAAGCUUGGUGGUUUUGACCACAGUGCCAUCCAUGUCCAUGGUCUGCCUUGGCACUAUAUGAACGAGCUCAGUCUAUCUCAUUUUCUCCUUAUUUCUUGCACACUUGAAAAAGGGCUUACUUGGAAUUCUAAUUUUGAUCCAAGGAACUAUAUCUAAUGCAUGCAUAUCUAAUAUAACAGACUAGGGUGUGCAUGAGUUUUUGCAGCUUAGCUUCAGGACCAAUAACUUAGGGGGCCAAUUCUGUAAAGCAGAGCUUUCCAAACUGUGUGUCAUGACAAGAUAGUGUCACUGCAGUGUAUAGGUGUGUCGCGCAUACACUCCCCGCACUCCUCCCCGGGGCUGGGAAGCAGUUAGUUUAACCCCUGGUUUGCUAGUAAAACUGAAUUACUGUGUCGCGAAAUGAUGCAUGUCUAAAUAGUGUGUCACCAAUUUGAAAAGUUUGGAAAGCUCUGCUGUAAAGCAUCAUUUUAAGCAGCAUAAGAUGGAAAACCACAAACAUUUACUCUAAUGCUACUGUAAUUGUUUGAAAAGGGAAAUAUUGUAAUGUUUUUACAUUAUUUUGUUUUAUAGAAUUCUGAGCAACAAUAAGAUAACAGAAUUGAAGAAUGGUUCCUUUGCUGGAUUAAGCCUUCUUGAAAGAUUGUAAGUCCUGCCCCCCUUUUAUGCUUUAAGUAUUAUAAUGCGGAAGGAGAUGUAAUGGAAGGGAGGGAGAAUUCACCUCUCUAACUAUAUUUGAGUUUUUUAAAAACUAUAACAACAACAUUAAGAUACUCCAGAAGUUAAUAUACUUGGAUGAAUAGUUUUCCUACUGUAUGUAUAAUAAAUACAAAACUAAUUGCUUCAAAUGUAAUAAGAAAUAAGCAAGAUAUUUCCAUAUAACUUUAGCAUAUUAUUCUAUCAAUGCUUACUUACAAAUAAGUUGCCAUGAUGAUGCCACCCAUCUGACUGCGUUGCCCCCACGGUUCUGGGCUGCUCCCAACAAAAAUAGUUAAAACACAGUACAACAUCACACAUUAAAUUUACUUUCUCUCGUGGAAAUAAACUUAUGACUACAAUUCCAGUCAUGUUUGCUGUAAAGCUCUUAGGUGCAAUAUAAAUAAUAGCAAGGAUUUAAAGAUUUAAAGAACUUUCACUAGGUGCAUCCAAGGGCUUAGGUACACCCACCUAAAUUUUUGUUUUUUGAAUGGCAGUGCCACAUGGCAAAUCACAGCCUACUAAGAAAAUUCCCUAGAGUUUCAAAAGAAGUGUGCAGUGCAAUGCAGUGAGGGAUAGCCUUUUUAUUAUUUUUUAUUUAGAAACAAAUAUUUAAACUUUUCUUAGGCACCUAGAAUAAUCACACAGUGAAACUGCUGUUGAUGAUGAUGCCUUCACUACAAUAGUAAUGUAUAUAUAUAUAUAUAUAUCCAUAAUCACAUUUUGAGUCUGUUAACUUUUUGAGAGAUGGGAACAGUUUUUCUUGCAGUGCAAAAAAAUCUAGAAUUCUCUUUUACUGCGUUUAAUUAAGGUUGUAACUUAAAAACUUUAAAUAUUCCAGUAAUAUUUCUAAAUGGUAAAGAACUACUCUAAAUUAUUUUGCUUUUCUUUUGGGGGAGGAGUGGGGGAAAGUAUUCGGAGCAUAAAGGAAGAAUUUGUCUAAAGUGAUUGAGGACUGAGUGAGCGUUGAGAAGACAGGUUGCAGACAGAUAGGAUUGUUUUAAUGUUCACUGCCUCCUAAGGCCUUUUAGCAGUACAGAAAUGCUGCUUUUGUGCAGUGAGGCUGCAAGUGGAAUUCUAACUUUGGAUUCACACUGCACCUAAAAGUCGUAUUUGCUGCAAGUUUGUAAACCAGCAUCCCCACAGCAAAGCAAAAGUAAAUGAGCAUUAUUGAGCUGGGAUUGGCAAUGCAAAGAGAUCAUAAAUACAUUUACUCAAAAGUAAGUCCUAUUCUGAAUUAUACCCUUUGGUUAGCAAUGUCUUCCUGUUUAAUGUUGUUUAAAAUGGCUCCUGAUCGUCUGCAGCAUUGCUGAAAUUGCUUUUUAAUCACUUCCUAAAACAAUUUUUGAUUGUCUGAAUACAUGUUGCUUCGCUUAGUAGCUUGUUCAAGUGGGAAGUGACUGCUAUCUAUUUUAGGAACUUCAGCAGUUGCUGAGAGAGACUGUAAACCUACAAAGUGCAUCUUGGUAGCAUGUCAACAGAAGUUUUUGAUGCAGAAUACAGUACUAACCUUAAAAUGUGUUAUUUGCUAUGGUGCUUGGGAAUUUGUAUGUUCUUCCAGGCUUGAUUCUCUGGGGCCCAGGUCAGCAUCUAGAUUCACUUUUCAGGAAGCUGUGUCCUAAGGGCACAGCUUCACAGAGCCCUUUUGACUCUUAGUUGGCAAGUUUGGGGUCAAACAGCAUCCCCAAAAAGGCUGUAUUUGGAUAGCUCUGCCAGUUAUUCAUCCCAGUCUACUUUAAUUCUUCCUGAAGUCCCAGUUGAGUUUUUAUUGAAGAGUGUUUGCUGUUGUCAUGCUUUACUAUCAUUUCCCCAAAGCUUCUAUUUACUAUUUUGCUUUUUCUGAUACUCAAUAUUUUGUCUUGGAGGUGAAACCACAGUAUAAUGUUAAAGAUCACUAUCAGAAGAUCAUCAUCAUCAUUCUUUAUUAAAUUUGAAUAUUCCCUUCAUCCAAAGAUCCCAGGGUGGUUCACAACAGAAAAAUAUAAAAUAAAAAUACAGAAUACAUAAUUAAGCAAGCACAAACAAAUAAUCUCCUUCCCACAAACACAUUUAAAAAGCCAUAGAAUAUUAAUCAGCCAAACUCCUGGCCGAAGAGAAACCUUUUUGCCUGGAGCCUAAAGAUACGUAACCAGCUUCCCUGGCAUUCCACAAGUGGGGAGCCACCACAGAACAAGUCCCAUUCUUGUGCUGCCACCCUCCAAAUCUUUUGUGGAGGAGGUGCACACGAAGAAGAGCCUCAGGUGAUGAUUGCAGGGUCUGGGUAGGUUCAUAUGGGGAGAAUCGGUCCUUGCAGUAUUGUGGUCCUGAACCAUUUAACACUUCAUAGGUCAGCACCAGCACUUUGAAUUGGAAACUAAUUGGCGGUCAGUGCAGUUGGGCCAGGAUUGGUGUAAUAUGCUCAAACCAUCUUGCCCCAGUGAGCAUGUUGAUCACCAAAUUCUGCACCAGCUGAAGUUUCCAAACUGUCUUCUGAGGCAGCCCUAUGUAUAAUGUGUUCCAGUAAUCUAACCUACAGAUUAGAUUACCUAUGUGGAACAAAGGUGCAUGAAUAAAGUUUGCUGGUGUCAUAAAGGAACCCUCACCCCAGUCCUAAAGCGUUUGUCCAAUAUCUUACAUAGAAUUAUUAAUCUGACAGUUAUAACUUCAUUAUUGUUGUGCAGUUUGGCACCAGUGAGCAGCACUGAGAUUUGGAGAGAAAGUGAAUACCUUGUGUUGUUUAGUGAUGAGUUAGAUGACCAAGGUAAUGAAAACCCAGUGUUCAUCUCUUGAAUAAGAUUUCUGGAGUAAUCAGACAUAAUAUACUUUUUAUUCUGUGUAUUUUAUUGAUCUCUAGGUAAGAGCAAAAAAAGAAUUCUGGUUUUCAGACAUGGAAUUUAUUUUAUAUGCCAUCAUUACUUCAUUGUUACUUUUUAAUUUACUGUGUUAUUGAGAGAGAGCUUUUGUUUCAAAUUAGAUGUAAACUCUUUGGGCACAUUUUUUCUCAACAUGGGUGUAAGAAUCCCAGUAGGGAAGAACAGAUUUGCUUUUCCACUCUUGCCUUUAUACCUGCACAAGUGUGGAUGCACACCAGGGAUUUAUGGGAAGUAAUGGGAUGUUGACAUUCUCUCUCUCUCUCUCUCUCUCUCACCUGUCCAAGUUUUAGUCGAGGAAGCCUGGUGUAAAACUGCAUGUGUUCCAAAGAUGUGCUGUUGGGAGGAGAUGGCAAGGCUUUGUUAAGCCUUUUGGAGACCCCUCUGUAUGCAGGCAUUUUGCUCAUGUGGGGAAAGAUUAAAUCCUUUGGCUUUUUUUAAAAAAGAGUUUUCUGCUUCUAACUCAGCUCAGGUUCAGGUUCUUUAACAUUGAGUCAGGAUAAUGGAAGAAAUAUCACCAUAAAAAACAGUGAUUGAGGCUGGUAUGAACAUUCAUAACUUAGGCUGAAAAUCAGUGGAAGGAUUUCAUGCUAACCCAUUUCUCUGAAGAAAAUAUUUAAAUCAAGAAGUGGGUAUUUAAUUUUCCCCCCACCUAUGUUAUAUUAUAAAGUGGUUAUCCAGCUUGUAAAUUUAAUCAUACUACUACUUUUCUAUCGUAAUCCGUACACUUUGGAAAUUUUCUUUCUUUUUUUUUAAACAGGGACCUUAAGAACAAUCUCAUUAGCACUAUAGAUCCAGGAGCUUUUGUAGGACUUUCAUCUCUAAAAAGACUGUAAGUAUUUACAUUUGUUAACCUGGAAUUAAAUGGAAUGUCAGAAAGUAGCAAUUUAAAUGUAGUCUGAACUAAAGCUUCUCUGAUCUUUUAAAAAAGCCCUUAAACCAUAGGCACAAGACCUCUUACUUUGCAAUGUUAUAUUACUGUUGUUUAAGUCUAUACUGUUCACUGCUCUAGAGUACUGUAUGCAGUUCUUGUUGCCCCAUCUUUUUUUAAAAAAGUUGAUCUGGAGAAGGUAAAGAAAUCAUAAGGUGCUUGGGCAUUUUAUUUUAUUUUUUAAAAAGAAAAUAAUGCAGUGCUCUUCUCUCCCUCCAUUAUUAUAUUCAGAAAAAUUGUGUGUUUUAAGACAUACACACUUACCUAGGAACUGUCCUGAGUGAACUCAGUGGGUUGCUUGCUUCUGUGUAGAUAUUAGUCUUCCCUGCAAAUCUGACAUACUGAAUGACCAGGACUUUCUUAUCUAUGUCAUUUUUGCUAAGAUUCAAAUGGACACCCCUAAAUUUUGUGCCUUACAGAGCAGUCCAACUAUGUCUAUGCAGAAGUAACUCAUAUUGAAUUCCAAGGGGCUUGCUUGAUCACAGUCUAAAUUCUGGUUUCGAUUACCGAUUUUUUGGGGUGAAUUAAAAUUACUUGAAUUAAAUUAUGAGUUACAUGUUGCAUGGUAAAAUGAAGCAUUUUGGGGUUUUUUCCCCCGUUUUGAACAGAGACCUAACAAACAACCAAAUAGGAUGCCUGAAUGCAGAUAUAUUUAAAGAACUUGCAAAUCUCGUUCGGUUGUAAGUAUUAUUCUGUUAAAUAUUAUUCUUAGCAAUAAUUAGAAUUAAGCUUUUAGUAAACUCCUUUGCUAGCUAAAUUGGUAGUCUAUUGUUCAUAUAAGGAUUUCAAAAUCCUUAUCUGGAAUUCUGUUUUACAAACCAUGUAUUCCUAACUCAAAAUGUAUGUUUAUUUUGAGUUAGGAAUACAUGGUUUGUAAAACAGCUUUAUAGUCCACAUUAUUCACCCAAAGAUUCAACUUCCCCUGCUGCGAUUGUUUGGCCAAUUACACUGUAAUAUUUUUCCUCGUGCUGGCCUGGCUAGACAGAGAACUAGACAUGGGUGAGAUACAUGCAUACCAGUACUUGCUUAAGGGGCAGCCCCCACCAUAAUGAUGGUUUGUGUAAUGAGUUACAAUUGGAAUUGAGAAUAAUCUACGUUUUUGAUCCAGAAUAGUCCAGAAUAGCACAAGGCUUUCUCUGAAGCUGACUGAACACUUGCUGUGUACUAAUAGCAAUCUCAGUCUUCCAAGUGCUGAUCCAAAAAAGCACCAUAAGAGGAAGAUGUCAGGUGGCUUGGGAGUGCCGAGGUUUGCAGAAAUACAAAAUACUUUUAGGUAAAAUAUACUGGGCGGGGGGGGGGGGGGAUAUAUAAAAAAAUAAUAAGGAGCCCAGUAGCACCUUAGAGACUAACUAAGUUUGAUCUUGGUAUAAGCUUUCGUGUGCAUCAGAUACACUGAAGAAUAAUAUAUAUAUAUAUAUAUACACAUAUAUACACACACACACACACACACACACACACACACGAAUAAUAUAUUUUAUAUAUUUUAUAUAUUUCGACUGUGUCAGACCAACACAGCUACCUACCUGAAUCUAUACUGGGGGGAGGGAGAGAUAAAUUCCCAAAAGCAAGGAUUGAGUUUGGUCUGUGGGCAUGGAAUGCUCACAGUUGGAGAGGUGGAAUGGAAAACUGGGGGGAGGGGGGAAAAAGAAUUAAACCCUGAAUAACAACACCCUACACUGCAACAAGUUUGUUGUCAGUUCCACUUGUACAUAUCUAAUGUCACUUUUAAACUUUCCUAGAAACCUUUCAGGAAACCUGUUUUCAUCACUUGCGCAAGGAACAUUUGAUCAUCUUACAUCACUGAAAUCUCUGUAAGUGUGAAUCUGGGUGAGGUUUUUUUGGUGUAAUUUUGAAAGCUAAAAGAUAUUGGUGUUAAAAUUAAGUACAGAACAUAACCAAAUUAGAUUUCAUUUUAUUUUACUGAAAAGCCAGUUUUGCCUCAGGCAUUAUGAUUUUGUUGUUGUUGUUUCUUAAAACUACAAGUAUUGUACUGAGCAAGUAUGAACUUAGGAAUAUUAACAGCACCUCCCAGGUGUCCUGUGGCAUAUAAGAAUUCCUUCCAGAUAACCAAGUAUGAAAGGAUAACCAAGUGUAAAAGUUUAGGCAAAUGGAAGAGUUGUUGGCUGUUCUUUAGGCCACUGUAAUCUUACAAGUGACUUAAGAAGGUACGCAUGGACAAAUGAUCUACUGAAUUUAUAUGGCCUAGUUGAGUAUUUUCAGUAAUGCAGAGUUGGGCUGUUGAUUGAUUACAAAUAUUUGGAAAUAGCUCAGUUAUAUACACCAAAUUUAUACCGGUUUCAGUGGGAUUUUGCCUCUUUAAAAAACAAAAAUCUGUCUUUUGUUUCUUCCAGUGAAUUUCAGACUGAUUAUCUACUUUGUGACUGUAAUAUUUUGUGGAUGCAGCAGUGGUUGCAAGAACGAAAUAUAACUGUUCGUGAGACCAGAUGUGCUUACCCCAAGUCACUGCAGGCUCAACCAGUUUUGAGUGUUAAGCAAAGUCUUCUAACUUGUGGUAAGAACAUUACAACAAAGCAAUGCUGACUCUUAAUAACUAUUCCCAAAGUGCACCUUUCCCUUCUUCUCACUCAAUUUGGUACUUUUGCACUAACACCAGGGCCUAAGUGUUCUUUCUUUAAAAAAGGAAAAAAUAAGUUUAGCCCAUUUACCCCCUCUGUCUUUGUGGACAGCGAUAGAAGGCCCCAGGAACAAUAAACAUAAUACAUGAAGUUGAGCUUUAGACAAUCAGUGUGACAUACCAUUUUAGGUGUUAUUCUUGUAUUUAAAUGAAUAUUUUCAAUAUAAGACCAGGUUUGCUGGUAGUUUGAGAAUCUUUAACUUGCAGUAAGUGCAAUCGUAAUAUUUUGUAAUUAUCGUUCCUUUUAGGCUGAUGCUGCUUCUGGUUAUAUGACAUGGCAAUUCUCUAAAAUAAUUUUUUAUUUUACAUCCAGUAAAUACAUUAUAUUGAUCUAAAACAUGGUGUUUUGUUUCAAUGGAAUACAGACCCCCCUCUGGAAUUACCAUCUUUCUACAUGACUCCCUCUCAUCGUCAGGUUGUAUUUGAAGGAGACAGCCUGCCUUUCCAAUGUAUGGCUUCGUAUAUUGAUCAGGACAUGCAGGUUCUGUGGUACCAGGAUGGGAAGAUAGUUGAAACUGAUGAAUCCCAAGGCAUUUUUGUUGAAAAAAACAUGAUCCAUAACUGCUCACUCAUUGCAAGGUGAGGAUUUGGGCUGUAGUUUCUUCUAGAACAGGUGGUCAACUUGUGGCCCUUCAGAUGUUACUGGGUUCCAACUCCCAUCAUCCCUGACCAUUGGCUGUGUUUCCUGGGACUGAUCAAAGUUUGAGUCAAAUGACAUCUGGCGGGCCUUAUGUUUGCAAGCUCUAUUCUAGUAGAUAUCUUUGGCAAAGCAGGCAUUUAUUCACCUUUUUAAAAAAAAUGUUUACUUGCUCUUGAAUGCUGGUUUUGCCUUUUACCUUAGUGCUCUGACCAUCUCAAACAUUCAAGCUGGAUCUACUGGAAACUGGGGGUGUCAUGUGCACACCAGACGUGGGAAUAAUUCAAGGACUGUUGACAUAGUGGUAUUGAACAGCUCUGCGCAGUACUGCCCGCCGGAAAGAGUUGUCAACAACAAAGGCGACUUCAGGUUGGUGAUGACAGCUUUGAAGGAGAAUGUGUCUGCUGCUCUUACAGAUUGCUUUUGAGUUCAAAUGUUACCUGAUUCUGUUCUCCUUUAUGAUAAAGGGUGAGUUAUCAUGACUCUCAGUUGCAUUAGAUAAGGAAAUGAAGAGCCAGUGUCUUAUUUAUUGGGCCUCCUUGUUGGGAGAAAGCCAUCACAACUCCUUCAGAUUAAAAAUAUCAGUUAAAAGUACAGUGGUACCUCGGGUUAAGUACUUAAUUCGUUCCGGAAGUCCGUUCUUAACCUGAAACGGUACCACUUUAGCUAAUGGGGCCUCCCGCUGCUGCUGCGCUGCCGGAGCACGAUUUCUGUUCUCAUCCUGAAGCAAAGUUCUUAACCCGAGGUACUAUUUCUGGGUUAGCAGAGUCUGUAACCUGAAGCGUAUGUAACCUGAAGUACCACUGUACAAAGCUGGUAUUAAUGUAGAAUAAGUAGCCUUGAUUUAACUUAAAAAAAUAAAAAGUUGCUUCAUCCCCUGCAGCUCCCCCAAGUCUCUGCGCCCAGUGUGACCGAACCGGUCACACUUCCCUAAAUCUGCCUCAAUUCAUACCCUCCUUAUGUGCUUUUGCCUGGCUAGAAUGUGAUCACUCUUCCUGGUUGCCUUAAUGGAAGAUAGAGAGGCGUCCUGUACAAAGGUAAAAUGUACAUUUGCCUCUUUGCUCAGCUUUGCCCCUGGCCUUGCCCCUGGAAGGUUGCCCAGAUGAGAAUGUGGCCCCUUGACUGAAGAAGGUUCCCUGCUCUUGGUUUAUUUGUUCAGUCAUUUAAAACCAGUUUGCAUAUUACUGUGUUCAAGCAGUAAGUAUAAUAGAUGUAACAACCACUAUCUGCAUCUAGGCGAUGUUAAUUACUGUUGGACAUUGCACACACUCGCCUUCAUUUUGCACUUGUUUCUUUCUUCACCUUUUCCAUUCUGACCUCUUUGCUGCUGGUUAAACUAACAGCACAUUGCCUCUGGAGGUGCCAGCCAUAACAGUUAGAGUCUCUCUGUGUAAGGUAACGCCUUUUCUAACUUAUGUCUGUUGCACUUCCUAGCAGUAGUGCGUACUGUGAAGUGAAGUAAGUCAGUGUAGAGGCCAUUUGUCUUUUGAUUUUUGUUAGCCUGUCCCUGUCAUUCCCUCUCCCCACCUCCAAAUCAGGAUCACUUUGCAUAGGAUGAUUUUGUACGUGGAUAUCACUUCCAUGUGGUGGAAACAUACAUAUACUAUGAACUGCAGGAUAUAAGACUGCACAGCUUAGAAGUUUUUUGUCAAGCGGUAUAUAAACCUUGUCAAGUAAAUGAAUAAAAUGCCUUGAUUUCAAGUUAAGGCUUAAUACCUUGCAUGUAUAGCCCACAAAUCGUUUAUUAGCUUGUUUGCUUGCUUAUUCCUACGAAAAUCAUUUGUGAGACACUGACUUGGCUUGCUUGUCAUAUUAAAACAUAGGUGAAGUAAACUAUGGUUUAAGCUGAAUGAGUAGCAUUCUGCUCAAAUACUGUUGCUUCAGUCUUCUCCCUUGCUCAUGCUGCACUGUGAAGGAAAUGGUGGUUUUAUGUGAACCUGGGCUUGUGGUUUACUUCUUGAGGGAAACCAAGAUUUGUUCUUGGCUUAGCACUCAUGGUUUGUUUGAGGGAAACAAACCACAAUUGUAUGUUGUUCACACAAACCAGGCUCUGACUUGUUUCCUUCCUAGCUCAGUCCUCUCAAGGCUUUGGUGCUUAUAUCCUGGUCCAUUUGACAUACAAACUGGGAUUGAUUGUUCAAAAGAGGGAAUGAAAGACCCCCUUUUGCCUGUUUUACUUUCAAUCAUUUCUUGCUUGUCAGAGGUGACCAGGUGAGUUUUACAGGAAGAUACGCCCUUAGGAAAUGGCGGCCGUUAUAUGCUCAAAAUAUAUGUUAGGUUUGCAUUGGUCAACUUUUCAGUAAGACAUGGAUCAAAACUACUCUAAUUCUGUGUACCUAAGGGAGAUUGGUACUUUUGGUUCUCCAACCUUCAAUUACUGCAUCACAGAUCUCUGCUGAAAUUGAGAGGUGCUUUAAAAGCAAUUUUGUGAUACAACAUUUGGAGGAAGUGGCCUGUGUGUGUGGUAUUUCAACAGUUCAAAGAUGAAAGGUGUAAAAUUUCAUUGGCCAUCUCCAGGCCCUUAAAUGCCUCAAGUAGUUCUUUGGAGCCAAGCCAUGUUUGCCCUUCUCCUGUUACUUUAGUCCUUUCCCUGGUGCAACCUUUUCCAUUUAUAGGAAAUGCUGUGUUGAGUUGAGAAGAUAAAAAAUAUAAGAAAGUUUCUGGCAGUGUUUAUGAAAAAAAAAUGCAGAGGAAUUUAAAUAACUUUUAAAAUACAAUUGUGAAUUGUUCGUUUUGGACUUACAAUUAGAGGUAAAAACAGAUGGUAAAGCUUGUUUUUUGAGCAUUCUCUAUUAAAUUAACCUGUGCUUAGCAGUGAUUGUUCAGUUUAAUAGGAUUUUGCCUCUCUGGAAUUCAUUGGAAGGAAACACAAUUUCUGGAAACAUUCAUUUUAUCAGGAGGUUCACUAGAGCUGGGUUUACUGCAAAAACCUUCUAUCUGUGGUAUAGAAAAAGCAAUAACAAAGAGCUAUAUUUCACCUUUUGAGGCCAUACAGAAAGCAGGCUCUGACUUGUAAAGGAAAUUAUUCUGAGCAGAUGGCUGUAAAUGCACCUAGGAACAUUUACCUUUAUUGUUCUUGGUUUGGACGGCUACAGCAUAGCUGGAAGUGUCUAUUUUGAUUCUGCUUAGAAGCUAUUUCAUACUGAAGUAGAAGAACUUAAAUGCAUCUCUUCUCUAGGGAGAAAAUAGUAUAUUCAAGCAAAGAAAGAAGGACAUAUGUAUUAGCUAUACUUCAUUCAUUUCAGUUUGAUUGUCCUUUUCAAAUUGAAAAAAGACUAGCUCAGUAUUUACGCAGCAAUAUGCUUUUCUACAACUGCAUUUAUUUUGUGCAUCAUGCACAAACAGAAUCCUGUUAGUUCUCACCAUGGCAAAAUGUAAAAUAGCAAACCAAUUUUGGAAAAACCAUUCACGUUUAUUUUAGCACAUCUUUCUUUCAGGAUUUUCCUGAAAAUAGUUAAGAAUAUGGCAGCUCUGGUGAAUCAAACCAAAGGUUCAUCUAGUCUAGCAUUCUGUUUUCAACAAUGGCCUGCUGAAUGUUUCUGGGAUGCCUAUAGAAAGGGCAUGAAGGCAAGAGCUGUCUCCCGUUUGUUUUCCCCAAACUGUUUUUCAGUUCACAGGCUCUUAAUAUAAAAGUUCCAUUUUUCUGUUAAGGCUAAUAGCCACUGAUCUGAUCUCUAUGAGUUUAACUGCUUCUUUUCUAAAACCCAUCUUAACCUUUGGCACUCAUUCGGUUGGUCGGAAUGUGGGAUAGGGUUUCCCCAAGAGAUGCCUUCUUACCCUGGGAGAUUUUUGUGGCCUCUCUAAGGCUUCUCUGCACAAAACUGAAAACUUUGUUGUCCUGGCAGACCUGUGGCCUGUAGGUGUUUGACAUAGAACUGUUCCUUUGCUUGUUUUAGCUUAGCUUGAGUCUCUACUGCCGUUCGUUUCUUUAAUUUUGCUUACUGUUACGUGCUGUGUGUUUAAUAUUUUCACAAAAAAUAUUGAUUGUGUGGUGUAAGCCAUAUUAAGUGCCUCAAUUCAGGAUACAUAUGCUUUAAAUAACGUCCUUGUGGCAGUGAAUUUCGCAAGUUUUGAAUUUUCUGUUCUGAAUUUACUACCCCUGAAUUUCACUGAGUGUCCCCAAGUUCUAUCAUUAUAUUCAAGGAAGAAAAUUUAUAUUAUAAUCUCCACCCUGUUCAUAAUUUUGGAAACCUCUAUUGUGUCUUUCCCUUAGUCCUUUGUCUACACCUAAAAAUCUCCAGAUGCUUUUUUAUCUUCUCCUUAUAGAGAAAAUAUUCUACUGUUCCCUUGAUCAUUUUUGUUGCCCUCUUCAAAAUUUUAAAGCUGUCAAAACUGGUGCAAUUUACACUUUUGGAAAGGUUUCUAAUAAUGAGUCAACAUUGUAUGUAAAGGAUUGUAUUGGUGCUUGUCUAAAAAUCCAAUAAACACAUGAGUGUUUUCCAUUGUUACUGUUUAUCGUCGUCAAAGAUAAAUGGUAUCUGUUUUGAGGUCUUAAAAUCUUCCCGAAAGACAGUUACAAUUUAUACCUAAGGAAUAGUUAAACUGCCAGUUUAACUCACUCACAGGCAAACUCUCAAUAAACCAAGUAUCAGUAGUUGCAAGAACAGUGUUUCAAGAAAAAAAAGGCAGACCUAUGUUAGUUCUUUAACUUUGUGGAAAUAAUAGGUUUCACUUUCUUACUCUACACAUUUCUGUAGAGUAUCUUGAAGAAUAUCAUUGAAUACUUUAGCUAAACUUGUGUGUUAAUACAUAGAAAUAAUAAUUUUCUCAACAUGCUUAGAUCCAAAAGGGGAAAAUAAAAGCAUCCCCCCCCCCCAAAAAAAGAUAAAUUCUGGGAUUUGAGAGGUUUCUGUGUAUAACUUUUUUGGGGGUUGUGAACCGUCUGGUACAUCAACAUUAUGUGAAUUUGAUAUAAACAUGUGUAAAUUAGAUACUUUCCACAAGGGCCUAAUUAAUAAUGUAGUUAAUUGGUUGAUCAUUUUCAUUGGUUUAUCAGUCCUCUAAAACAAUCCUGUGAAUGUUUAUUCAAGAGUAAAACGUACAGAUUUCAGUGGAAGUUACUCCCAAACAAGAAAGUGUGCAAAAGAUUGUAGCCUUUAUGUUUAAAAUACAGUAGUGUUUAAUAUCCUUCAUCUUUAUCUCUGGUUACCUUUAUUGGCCCACUUUACUCAAUACUCUUUUAUUAAACAAAAAAGACAACAGGGGUAAGAUGGAGUACUCAUUGCAUCUCCAAGUAAUUUAAUUAAGUUUCUGUAUUAUGGCAUUGAGAGAUUAAAAAUAUUUUCCACAGAGUUUUUAAGCUCUUUAACAUAAUCCCUUGAAUAAUAUUACUUGUUCUAGUUUUGUCAAAAGUCAAAGUGUUUGAUACUUUAAUUGACAAGUGCAAUUAUUAUUCUGAGUUGAAUUGCAGGGCUGCCUCAUUUCACUUUUAAAUUAUAGCCAAAAUUAGAGAACAAUAGGAUAGAAUAAUUCUGUUGCUCCCCAAGAAUUGUUGUCUUAAACACAAACUUCUACUUAAUUACAGGACACAGUACAAACUUCAUUUAUAAAUGUAGCCUGUUGCUCUUCUAUUUUAGUUGCAAUGCCAAUACACUAUAAACUUUGGAUAAUUACUUUUAAAUUAAAAUGAAGAGUUCAUUUUCAGUUUGGGUGGAAAAUUGUAUAUAACUUCUCUGGUGAUUUGGUGUAACCCCCCUCCCCUUGCCAAAUUGUGGAAAAGUCUAAAACAGUAGGAUAUGGAGAUCAAAAGGCUUGUAAUGUUAACAUAUGAAGAGCAUGGCAAUGAUGAAGGCUCGCCAAGUUGAAAUUUUAUGUGGUUUGCAUAUAUGUAGAUUUGAAGUGUGUCUCAUUUUGUGACCCAGUCCUUAUUUCUUCUGUUUACUUUUUUUCCAGAGUGGCCCUGAAAAUCUCUGUCUUAAUCUUUUGCCUUCAACUCUUUAGGUGGCCUCGUACGUUGGCAGGUAUUACUUCAUACCUGGUGUGCACUCGUUACUCAGGUGGCAGUGGAAUAUAUACAGGAAACUCUCAGGCUGAGAAGAGAGCUUGGCGCAGAUGUGAUAGGGGAGGAUUUUGGGCCGAAGAGGAUUACUCUCGUUGCCAAUAUACAAAUGAUGCCACUCAAAUCCUGUAUAUGUUUAAUCAGGUUAUUCAUUCUUUCUCCCAAUCUUAACGUAAAAUGUUUUGCACAUAAAUUCUUGUAAGAUUUUUCCAUGCUGUCUUUAUUCUUCCAUCCAGAAGAGGGUUUCCUCUUCAGUGAAGAACACAUGUUUAAAGUGUAAUGUGUUAUGCCAGGAUCCAAAUUGCCCUUUUUGUGCCCCUAAGUAAAUUCUGUCUGUGCUUGAAUGGGUUGUUCAUUUCUUCAUCCAGAUGUAGUUCCUCAUCCUUUAUCAAAUUCUGCCCGAUAAGUGUGUUUGAUCUUCAGGUGCAACUUUUCAGGAGUAGGUAGCUUGAAAAGUCUACGUUUUCAUGUAGCUUUUUUUUAAAAAAAAAAGAUUGCUUGUUUAUAAGUAUGCCUAGGAUACCUGAGGCCCAGUAUUAGAUCAUAAGCAGGUGGAAAACACGUGUUCUCAUUAUAUUUUCUUUUUGAAUGUUAAUGAUUUUACUAGCACACAACUGAAUGAUGUAGCUGCUUAGAGAGAAGCUCAGUUUUAACAUAUGAGCUUGCAUCUUUGUGCAGUGAACUAUUAGAAGUUGUUUUUUUAAAAGUAAGCAUGUUUGCUUGUUGCAGCUUACUCUGCAGGAUCAGUUUCGUAUUUAUUAGGUCUUCUAUUUCACAUUUUGCCUGUAGUCCUAAAGUGACUCACAAUAUAAAUAUGCAAUAUGUGCAGUAAGAUCCUCAUACUUGGAGGCUAUUAGCAGCUAACAUCUGAUUAUCUUUCUCUCAGGGGAAUUGGUGCUAGAUAGCCCUGUGACAAGGUCGAUUACUGAUCAUUGCUUCCAAGUUUUUAGGAAAUCAGAAUUUGCUUCUUCUUUUCUUCUUUUUUCACUUUGCUGUGCUUACUCAUAUUUUUGCUAAGGUAGACUAAAGCUUCAAUCCUUAAAUUGGCCCAAAGGAAGCUGUUGGAAAAUUCUGUGGGCAUAUACGUCCUGCUGGCAGCAUUCCACCAUGGGCCUAAAUGGGGCCUAUUGGGAAAGCCAUGAAGUUGCAUGUUCCUGACCUACUUUAUUUCCACAAAGUGUUUCCAAACAGACCGUGAAACAAUGCCAGUCCUGACUGGUGCUGUCAAUUUCUUCCCAUUGCAGUCAUAAAAACAUAGGAAGCUGUUUAAACUUUUGUUAUAGUUUCGUCUCAGUCACAUUCAGCUACUUUCGUUGACUGCAUCUUUACAGAGCCACAGCUUGGAGAUGUCGGGUUGAACCUGGGAACUUUUGCAUACCUUUUACCAGAAAUGGAGGGGGUGGGGUUGCAGAAGUAAAGUUGCCUCCCACCCUGGAUGCAACUAGCUGGCAUUUAUUUGGACAUGGCUAUUUGGUUUGCCACAGAUUCUCCCUCACUAUGGCUGCACACAAACAAUAGAAUUGCUCUAUUUGUAAACUGGUUACGUUUUAAACUUCAUAAACACAUACCUUUAUCACAUACACAACCCAACAAGACAAUGACAAUAAUCCACCAACAGCAUACAAAUCAAUAUGGCUAACCUGAUCCAAAACACCCACCCACCCCACUCACACAUGAAAACAAAGAUCACCACAGUCAAUCACAAACAAACAACCACACCCUAGGCCAACCCCAACCUCUCUCGCCACCAAAGAAACACAAAUGAACAGCAGAGAACCUGCACGGGCAACGCUGACACCAAACCCUACAUACAUUAAGCAAAAUAGAUACAUCACCCCCCCUAUCUCCCUCCUUCCCCCCCCCAAAUGUCUCAACAAAUGAAACUGAUUUGUAAAAAUGUUACAUGGAAAAAAUACGAGAGACAUUACACAUGCUUCUGUAAAACAAGAAAAUCUUUAAUAAUAAUAAACACAUACCUUUAUGACAGAUGCUAAUGUGAAUUGGCCCUAUUGUUUUGUCUUGGUUAUGUAAUUUAUACAAUUACUGUGCUCCAUACAGAUGCCGCUGAACCUUACCAAUGCUGUAGCAACAGCUCGACAACUGUUAGCUUACACUGUCGAAGCUGCAAACUUUUCUGACAAAAUGGAUGUUAUUUUUGUGGCUGAAAUGAUAGAAAAAUUUGGAAGAUUUGCUGAGAAGUACAAAGAGGUAAUUAUGUUUUCCUCAAUAUCUCUUUUUAAAAAUGCCCUUGCUAAAGCUAAACUGCGCUGUCGGUUAAUAUCCAAACCUCUUAAAAGCUGUAACUAUUUAUAGAGACCAGCUAAAUUAGAGUAUUCUUCAAAUAGCCUUUAAGGGUAAAUAUGUGCUUGUGGUUAGAGGCUUUCCAUUUCACUGUUGAACUUUAUUGAUCUUUAUGUUUAGGCACAUUUGAAUGUUGGAGACCACAAUGUACUAAAUAUCUGCAGUGCACUCAAUAUCUGCAGUCAAAUCAAAAAGAACCUGGGAACAAAUGUUUAAAAUUAUUCUGGCAAGAGCUGUAGUAUUACAGUGUCAUGGACUGUGGCUGUGGAGCAAUCCAAGUUGUUCAUUAAGUGAUUGAUUUAAUGUGACCUAAAAUAUGUGUAGGCCAUGGAUUACAGGUUGAUUUAUUGCAUUAUAAGGAUGUUGUUUUUCCUUCUGUGAUGUAUGAGGUCCAGAUUGACACAAUCUGACACUGUUCUGCCACUGCUUGAAGGCAAUAAAAGCUAUAAAAAUGCCAGACAGAAAUUCAUGAGCAGUGUUUGUCAUAGUAGAGUAAAUGUGGCAAUAGACAAUGCAUUCUUAACAUUACUUAGUGAAACCCAGUUUAGUCUUGCUUUGCUCAGCCAUAAAAAUCAAGUAUGCUAGCUUUCUAUUUAAGUAUAAAUGUUCAGUAUAUUACAUAGUUUAAAGGUAAAAGUACAGGUAUCCCUGACUGUUAGGUCCAGUCGCGGAGGACUUGGGGGUUGCUCGCUCAUCUCGCUUUAUUGGCCGAGGGAGCCGGCGUACAACUUCCGGGUCAUGUGGCCAGCAUGACAAAGCUGCUUCUGGCGAACCAGAGCAGCGCACGGAAAUGCCGUCUACCUUUCCGCUGGAGCAGUACCUAUUUAUCUACUUGCACUUUGACGUGGUUUUGAACUGUUAGCUGGGCAGGAGCUGGGACUGAGCAAUGGGAGCUCACCCCAUUGUGGGGAUUUGAACCGCUGACCUUCUGAUCGGCAAGCCCUAGGCUCUGUGGUUUAGACCACAGCUCCACCCGCGUCCCUUAUAUAGUUUACAUGGAAGUAAAAAUAAGGAUUAAUGAAUUGAACUUGCAGCAUCCAUUUAUUGCAACACAGCACUUCUAGGUAAAAUUGGGACCUAAAAGCUAUAUGGCAACAUUAUCCAUAGUUCAGAGCUGCUUCCAUUUCCUUAUUGGGAUUUGUCACAACUGCUUUGGCUAUGCAGGUGUUUAUUGUAACAAAUAUUGUGAAGGGCAAAUGGCAGGUGCUAAAUCCUCAGCACAUCCCAGUAUGUGUGUCCUUCAGCGUCUUAGGAAGCACAUGUUUUAUUUAUUCAUUACAGUUUUUAGCCUCCAAGGAAGUUCUUGCUGACUUACACAAGGGCUUGAAUCUUGAGUACCAUGAGCAGAAGGAAGUCAAAUAGAGGCCUUUUUCAUCCCCUAUCGCUACACCACCUGUGCCCUCCAAAAAUCCUCUCUAGAGGUCUCUGCUUGGGCGAGGUCCCUUUGCCAAUUUUGGCCAAUACACACCUCCCCAAGCAAUCUCCCAAGCCCCAUUCUAUACUGUUCAGGAGGGGGUCCCCAACCCUCUACAGAGGCUUUGAGGGUACAGGUAGCUGCAGAAAGGAGUGGGGUGUAGGUGAUGAACUCCCCUUCCGCGAAUGACCUGCAGUUCUUAAUAUUCAGAAUGCAUGGUAGGGUUCUCAUUCUGAUCUUCCAUCCUGAGCAAGCCUUUCUAGCUUCAGCAAAUUUGCUGCGUUGUAUGCCUUCUGACUGUCCUGAGUUUAUUUUCUUCCUCCCUUAAUCUCUCUAGAAAGCAUUUCUGUAAAUAAUGAAGGCACUGGACACUGGGAAAACUUGAUUUUAGGGGCAGGAAUAUAUAUACAGUGGUACCUCGGAAGUUGAACGGAAUUUGUUCCGGAAGUCUAUUCGACUUCCAAAAGCUUCGGAAGCCGCAUCAGACGUUCAGGUUCCAAAGAACGUUCACAAACCGGAACACUCACUUCCGGGUUUGCUGCGUUUGCGAGCCAAAAUGUUCACAACCAAGGUAUGACUGUAUACAUAUUAAAGCUUGGCAGGCAGAUUUUUAGAAAAAAAACCAACUAGUCUAAAUUUUAUUUUUGAUGAUUUACCCAUUAGCCCAUGGCGAGGAUAUCAAAAAGCUAUAUGGAUCAUUGAAAUCCCAUCACUUGAUGCCUUAGUAUCCUGCUCACCCCAGCCUAGGUUUUCAAAUUUCACUAGGCUCUGGCCAUUUUUAGGUUUAUUUCAACAGCAAUAUAAGAAGGAAAUUGCUUUUUAAAUUUUCCUUUUUCACUUUUUGCUUAUUUAAUAGAAAAACUAAAACAAAAUAAGCAUAUACAUCAGGCUGUCUUAAAUUCCUACUUCUACUUCUAAAAACACAUAUUUCUUUCGUGUCCUUAUUAUGAGGCCAGGCAGGCACAUUUUAUGCAUUGUUGUACUAGGAGCACUGUAGAAUUUGCUUUCUUAGAUUAAAUUAUAAGAGAGAUUAACUACUAUUAGUAGAAAGGCAUACAUGUGGGCAGCAGCCUCUUCUUUAAUCUGAGCUAGUGAACUGCAAUUGAAGAACUAACUCUGCACAUGGGAACUUAAAUAUAUAUAUGUUUGACUGGGGAAAGCAAGAGUACUAUGAAAAUGUCCACGAUCAAAGAAGAAAAAACUCUAAAACACAUUGCUGAAAAAUAGGAAACGAUGUAGCAUGGAAAUAGGGGUGUGUGUGUGUGUGUGUGUGUGUGUGUGUGUCUCCCCAUCUCUCUAUAAUAGGCCUCAAACAGAAUGAUGGAUAUUGCAGAGUUAAAUUGCAAACUCAAAAGGGUUUAGUCUCUGCUAGUUAUGAUUUUAAAAAAUAAAUUUAAAUAGGUAUGUCUAUUACUUGAAAAUAGUUUCUAAAUUAGUGUGCUUGUGGUCAAUAAAAAGUGGGUGAGGAGACAACCGUGUACUGAGCUCCUUCAGUACGUGGAAAUGGUGGAAUAAAAAUGUAAUAAAGUGCUGCAGGACAGGGAGAAUAAAAUGUUUUUUAAAACUAUGAAAAAUGGUACACAAACAUGUAUGUCAGCCUUUCUGAUCUCUUUCCUCUGUUAGCUUGGUGACGUGAUGGUUGAUAUUGCAAGUAACAUAAUGCUAGCUGAUGAACGCAUUCUGUGGAUGGCACAGAGGGAAGCUAAAGCUUGUACCCGAAUUGUACAGUGCUUGCAGAAGAUUGCUACAUACCGGCUAGCUAAUGGAGCUCAGGUUUACUCAACGGUAGGAAAUGACACUUUUUAUUCGUUGAUAAGCACCGCUUUAUUUAAAUAGUAGAUUAUUUUUAAUGGAAGCUAUUCAACUAUGUAGGAACAGAACAUUUGGAAUUUUGAAAGGAAAUUGUGUACUUUAACUGGUUUAAAUUACCAAUAUAUAGCAGGUUUCAGACAUAUCUCUCUCUGUGUGUAUGUGUCCAUCUAUCUAUUUGUAUCUUUGUUUUCUACAGUAUUCUCCAAAUAUUGCCGUGGAAGCUUAUGUAAUAAAAGGAACUAGCUUCACCGGAAUGACCUGCACUGUGUUCCAGAAAGUAGCGGCAGCAGACCGCACAGGACUCCCUGAAUAUGGACGAAGAGAUCUGGAUGGAAGCCUUGAUAAGCAACUGGGCUUUAAGUGCAAUGUCUCAAAUACAUUGUCAAGCCUGGCACUUAAGGUUAGAUUAAGUGUGUGUGUGGGAGAGAGAGAGGAGAGAGAGAGAGAGAGAAUGUGUGUUUGAGGCAAUUUAUAUAUUCAGCAGGAAAGCUUUGUUUAAAAUAUUCUACUUCAUGCACACACACAAAAGUACACUAACUAUUUUGGGGAGAAGGCUAGGCUAGGCCAAACCCAUUCCCCUUGGUAGGCUAAUUUUCUUUGAGGGAGGUCCCACCCAUCCCUUUUGCAGACUGAAAUGUACAGCUCAGGAAUAGCUUGAUCACUUGAUUCUGUUGAAUAUACAGAGUUUGUGUUUGAUGCUUGCUAAGCUGACCCUAAAGAAAUUAUUUUGUAUAGAUUAAGGUAUAAAACAGCUUCCUGUGUCCCUAAGCUAUUGGUCCAUUUAGCUCAGGAUUGUCUCUUCAAUGACUGGCAGUGACUCUCCAUGGUUUCGGGUAGGAGUUUUUCCCAGCCCUGCUUUGAGAUUACGUAAAAAGUGUAUUUUGAGAUACAGAGAGAAAGUCCAACUUAACUGGCAAAUGGAAUUCUUAAAAAGUUUUAACAGACAACACAAGGAUUUUCUUCCACACUGUCUAUGGAAUUUUCUUCCUUUAUCAUUCCUUUAGAAUUAUAUUUUUCGCCCCAUAGGGCGCACCGGCCCAUAGGGCGCACCUAGUUUUUUUUGGGGGGGGGGGGGAAAUAAAGGAAAAAAAUUAUUCCCCCCCCCCAGGUGCAGGGCUGGGGCGGGGGAAGCCCGAGCUUUCCCCAACCCCAGCCCCCAGAACAGGCUGCUAUCCGCAAGCCUAGGGAGCCCGCGGGAAGUCGCGCCGGUCUCCCCAGGCUUGUGGAUAUCUGCCCAAAGGCUUCGGGAUGCAGGCAUCUCUCUUCGGGAUGCAGGCAACUCUGCAAACCAAGUCGGGGAACAGCGGGAUGACGGCGCUCCGCCUCCUCGUUGUCCCCCGAGCUUGUGGGGCUGGCGGUGGGGAGAAGCACGCUUCUCCCUACCUCCAGCCUCCAAACCAGGUCGGGGAAUAGCAGGAUGGCGGCGCUCCACCUCCCCGCUGUCCCCCGAGUUUGUGGGGCUUCCCGAUAUCUGCACGAAGCCCGGGGCGCGCUGUGCAGCGCGCCCCAGGCUUCGGGAUGCAGGCUGCUAUCCGCAAGCCUUGGGAGCCCGACGGGAACUCCCGCGGAGCUCCCAAGGCUUGCGGAUAGCUUCCUAAAGCCUGGAGAGCGAGAGGGGUCCAUGCGCACCGACCCCUCUCGCUCUCCAGGCUUUAGCGAAAGCCUGCAUUCGCCCCAUAGGACGCACACACAUUUCCCCUUCAUUUUUGGAGGGGGGAAAAGUGCGUCCUAUAGGGCGAAAAAUACGGUAUGUUCUCUUCCAUGAGCUGGAAGUGAGGGGAGCUAUAACUGGCAACUACUAUUCUCAAUUUACUUUUCACAUCUACAAUUGCUUCUCCUAAUAGAAUAUGUGGAUAAUUUAUUUGAAUUUGGUUAACCCUUCCAUGUGCUCAGGAGGCUUCAGACAUUGCUUAGUCAGGUCACGGCAAGCUAACCUCAUGGAAGCAAUUCCUCACAAAAGAAAUGAUGUUUUGACAGGCACACCCCUGAGCACGCAUUAAGGAAAGGAAACUCAGUGCUGAGGGAUGGAGGGAACAACAUAUCAAAGCAGAGAUAGGAAGCAUUGUCUUUUGUUUCAGUAUUAACACACCACAUGUCUGUUUUGCAGAACACAAUUGUGGAGGCCUCAAUACAACUUCCACCUGCCCUUUUUUCACACAAGCACAAAAGAGAGAUCAGGCCAGCAGAUGACACUGUCUACAAGCUUCAACUUAUUGCAUUUCGCAAUGGGAAACUUUUCCCAACAACAGGGAAUUCAACAACUUUAGCUGUGGAUAGAAAACGCCUUACAGUGGUCACGCCGGUUAUCCUCACCAAAUUAGGUGUGUUUCAAGCAAAUUAUCUGUUCCGAGAACUUUCGCCUCUGUCUUUGUCUUUAAUCGUAAAAGGUCAGUGCUUCAGUUUGCGUGUAAUAAGAUAAAAUCCCAUUUUCUUUCUUUAUAACCAAACAAGAUGGCUUGAGUCUGCCCCAUCAACACACUCCUAUCAAUGUGACAUUGCGGCGCAUUGCGCAUGGAGCAGAUGCUGUUGCAGUGCAGUGGGACUUUGAUUUGCUGAAUGGGCAAGGAGGAUGGAAAUCUGAUGGAUGUCACAUUCUUUCUUCAGAUGAAAACGUCACUACUAUACAGUGCUACUCACUCAGUAACUAUGCAGUACUGAUGGUAUGUGAGCUGUUCAUUUUAUCCAAAUUUACGUGGUUAAUAUGUUUUUCUAUCAAAGGUGAAAAGUUUUCAUUUAUUUAAAGAAAUUCUGUGCCUCCUUUGGAGACCGUGCCUUCCUAAGGCAACUUAGAAAACGUUAGUUUCAUAUACAUGGCAGAAAUAUUGAGGUGAUCAUGGGCAAAACACAGCCCAGCCUUUGCAAAUUGGAAGAGGGGUUAUCUUUUUCUUAUUUGGGGCAAUCUGUGCUACAAUUCACUAACACAGGUAUGUGUGGACAAGUGAGUCCCCAAAAUACAGUGGUACCUCUGGUUACCAGCGCUUCAGGUUACGAACUCCACUAACCCAGAAGUAGCUGCUCCUGGUUGUGAACUUCGCCCAGGAUGCAAACGGAAAUCGCUCGUCAGAGGUGCGUGUGCAGCGGGAGGCCCCAUUAGUGAAAGAACGGAUAAGAAUGGUUUCAGCUUAAGAAUGGACCUCUGGAACGAAUUAAGUUUGUAACCAGAGCUGCCACUGUAUUUGACGACCACUAGCUCACAAACUAUUUGCAAGGCUGCCCUCAGUCUUAAUGUACCUUAACAAGCUUCAUGAUAAUUAAGAAUAGAAUUGUAAAGCAGUUUGGACACUGACACCACUGUUGUAACAACAGAUAACAAAAAAUGACUGGAAGAAUCAGAAAUCGGGAAGACCAAAAUUUUAAUAAGGAAUGGGGAAAAUACAUAAGUUAUCUUAAAAACCAUUGUAAUCAUUAGUAGGAUUAGAAUAACACUUAUAGUUUAAUGUUGAAUUUUGGAUAUAAUGAAGAUGUAAAAGAUUUGGAUUAUUAUAAAAGAUGCAGGAGGAAAUGAUUAGCAAUAGGACCCACAAAGAGGAGGAGGGGAGGCCAGGAGAUUCUUUGGAAUCUUGUUUUUAUGUUGGCUGUUGGAUAAUUGAUUGUAAAAUUUUAAACUGAAACACUAAAUAAAAAUUAAAAAAAAGAAACAAUAAGGAAAAAGAAACAAUAAGUUUCAAGUAGUUUAUAAGUAUCCAGGUUCUUUAUUAAGAUUUUGAUUAUGGAGUAUAUUUUCUAUUUUGUCUUUGGAUACUCAUUAUCAGUGGGUCUUAUAGUUUGUGUAUAAUAGUUUUCUCUUUGAAGCCUUUACAUAAGUAAAGAUAAAAGAAAUCUAUUUUUGAACUGGUGGUAUUGACAGGUAUUUUUAAAAAAAGUUAAAUCAAUAUAAUCCCACAACUGAACAUUCUUACUCUUUGAUUCUUGCAAUUACAUCUAAUCCUUCUAUGUAAAGGAACAGCCUGCUUGCAAAAAAAGAAGAAAAAGAAGGAAACAUUUCCUACUGUUCGGUUUAUAUUUAAAGAGGGAAUCAGUUUCAAGUAAAAUAUAACUGUGCCACCUGGAGGAACAAAAAUAAAUAUUACAUUACCUUCUCUGACAAAGAUCCAUUCAUAUGAAUAAAAUUUGACAAGAGUGUUAACCUGGUUAAUUUUAGGAGAGUGUCAGCUACCCCUCAGUUGUUAGCAUUACUUCAUAAAUUUGGCCGUUAUAUUGUGCUGAGCGACUCAUGCAGCCUCAGUAAUUUCCCCCUUUAUCUGCACUAUGAACCAGUCUUCUCUUUAAGGACUCCUGAUCAAGGACUAGAACUGAGAACUCCCAAAGGAGCUCAAGUGGGAAGACUGUUCUGACUGUGCUCAGAUGUUCUGCUGUUCUUUUAACGGUUUCAUGGGGCAGUUGUGAUUAUAACAAUCCUUACACCAAAUACAGCUAUAAAUAUAAUUAAUCAUUUGCAUCGUCUUGUCUCUCAGGAUUUGACAGGGUAUGCCCAGGCAGUUGACCUCUUACAUCCAGUUAUCUAUGCCUCAGCUGUGAUUCUCUUGAUGUGCCUCCUGAUGAUCAAAGUUAGCUACCUAUACCAUCACAGGUAUCAAGAUUUUUGAAUUCAUACUGUCCUAUCUAGACAAAACGCAAGUAAUUAGUCUCGGGUUACUAUGUGUACACAGCAGUCCAGCACCAGAAAUAUAGACUCAUGUUAAAUUAGUAGGUGAUGUCGGUUAGUUUGCUUCAAAGUAUCAGGUAGCUGGAUAUUGGAAUGGCAUGCCUAUCAACCACCUUUUCAUAAGUUCAUACCAAUAAGAGUAGAAUCUAGUCCAGAUUCAGUCUCAAUCUGUGUUAUAUAUUUCAACUUGCAGUGCUGUUUCAAACAUAGCUUUGGUAAUCUCUGGGAGAACCACUCUUUCUGCGUUUACAUGUAUUGCCUGCUACAAUCUACACUUAAAGGAGUUGUUUUCUUUAAGGGGUUCAAAUCCUCCCCAACCAAAACAAAAUGAGUAAUCUGUUACUUAAACAACUUCCUUACAGGAAGCUACUGCAUUCUGGCCCGCUGUUAGAUGAUGUAUAAAUUAGUGGGACAGCUUUUUCAUAUGGCUCAACAGAAUCUGCAUAACAGAAUGAGCUCCCAUUGCUUUGUCCAAGCUCUUGCCAACCUAGCAGUUCAGAAGCAUACCAGCUUGAGUACAGUGGUACCUCAGGUUACAUACGCUUCAGGUUGCAUACGCUUCAGGUUGCAUACGCUUCAGGUUGCAUAUGCUUCAGGUUACAGACUCCGCUAACCCAGAAAUAGUGCUUCUGGUUAAGAACUUUGCUUCAGGAUGAGAACAGAAAUCGUGCUCCGGCGGCAUGGCGGCAGCAGGAGGCCCCAUUAGCUAGGGUGGUGCUUCAGGUUAAGAACAGUUUCAGGUUAAGAACGGACCUCCGGAAUGAAUUAAGUACUUAACCCGAGGUACCACUGUAAAACCUAAUAGCUUACCAAAUAGCAGGCAAAUUAUAGAACAUAGAUUAACAUCGGAAUGGUAAAUUUCCUGAUUUAUGCUACAGUUCUAAUAAUUUAGCCCAGUGUACUUAAAUAAGCCUUGGGGUUUCUUGGAAAAUUCAGAGAGAUCUCAGUAGGAGAGUAGUAAUGACAAGCAAGCUUUCCUGAAAGUGCAGCUGUUAGCUGCAUUUAGGGAGCACUCCAUUCACAUUGGUUGAUAAGGCUGAAUAGCCAUGACGGCUGUGGAAAGCAUUCCAUGAAGGUGCAAAGUAUUUAAAUACUGAUUUUGCUGUUAAUGCUAUAUCCAGAUACAUUUCCUUCCUCCAGAUGCAUUUCCUAGGGAGGGCAUUCUGUGAUUUGGCAUUGCGGAAUUCAGUUUUCAUCAUAAAGGUCCACAUAGAUUCAGGUUGAUGCAACUAGCAUGAUUCUGGUUAAAAAUAUAUGCUUGUAUAAUUGAACAUUUUAGCAUUUGUAUGAAGAAUUGCUUUGCUUCUGUUGUUUAACAGUGUCAUCAGGAUCAGCCUUAAAAGUUGGCACAUGUUAGUUAACCUCAGCUUUCAUAUUUUCCUGACAUGUGUGAUGUUUGUUGGAGGCAUUACCCAGAGCAAGAAUGCUAGCAUCUGCCAAGCAGUAAGUUAAACUGUGUGUUGAGAAAACUAAGAAAAGAAAUAGUAAUAAAGAGCUCAGGGGUGGGGGCAAUGAUUUUGUCAAGAGCUGCUGGGCGUUUUCCCAUGGAGAAAUAUUAAAAUUUGACAGUUUCCUAUUGCCAUCUUAUAGAGAACUGCUAAAGCGGAAACAAAUGUACAAUUCUGGAAUUUUGUUUCAAAGUAUAAUUUAUUGAGGAAUGCAUUAUCUAGACCAGUGGUUUUCAAAUUUUCUCCCCUCAGAGAACUUUUCCCAUAUAAAGUUAUCUCCAAAUAAUUCCUGAUCAGAGGAUUUGGGAACGUGUUAAAGAAUGCACAUCCAGUCAAGCACACACAAUAAUAUAUACAUUGCAGGGAAAGCUGCUUUCAAGGUUUUUCAUUUGCUGUUUCUGAGAUUAUUGAGGGCCCCUCAGGACACCACCCCAGUGAUAAUAUAAUCCACACAAAAAGCACUGAUCUAGAAUUUAAUCCAGUCAGGAACCAUGCCCAUUAGCGUUCCAGGUAAGUGGCUUCAGGAACUCUUCAUGAAGCGAUUUGUACUUUAGUGCCGAUAUACAAACACAACAUUGUAAAUGCACUUUCCCAUGUAUACCAGUAUAAAGUAAUGCACGUACCAACUUCGGCAAAGCAAGGCAUAGUUUGAAGCAAACCCAUCAAAUGGUUCAUUAAAGUUAAAUGAGUAGGUGGCCUCUCAGAAACUGCAGCCUUUCAGCCAAUUUGUAUGUUUCCUGGGAAUUAUAUGUUAUGUUUUGAACAGCCUGUUUUCUUAAUGAGUGGGGUGUAUAGUUGUCGUUCUCUUUCUUACUAGCGGUUAUAAGGGCGAUAAACGAUCAUUACAAAACAAGUUGUCCAACCAAGAGUUAAAAAUUAACUUGCCAUAAUUAAGCAAGUAGGUAUUGGCUUAAGUUGGUAAGUAGGUUGUGGAAGAAGUGUUUGAGUGCCUGUGUGUGUUAAACAUACAAAUAGACCGUAUCUCUCUUAAGCAAAUGCCUUAAUUGUCUUAUUGUAUAUUUUUCAGGUUGGGAUAAUUCUGCACUAUUCUACACUUGCCACGUUACUGUGGACAGGAGUCACUUCUAGAAACAUCUAUAAGCAAGUCACUAGGAAGGCAAAGAGGUGUCAAGAUCCUGACGAACCACCCCCACCUCCUAGGCCAAUGCUUAGGUAAGAAAUAUUAUUGUACAGCUUCUUCUUAAAUUAGUGUGUUGUUCUUGGGAUUUCCCUACUUUGAAUGGAACUCAGCAAGUUCUAGGUGAAUAUUAGUGAAAGACUGAGGAACAUAAAAAUGACCAGCAUGCUUAAAGCAUCUCCAUGGGUGCCAACCUUAGGGUAUAACGAGGGGAGAGUGGCUUGUUGUUCUGGUGGUGGUCAAGAUGAGAUCAGAAAGCAUAUAUAAAUAUUUUAGGUUGGCUUACUCCCUUCAUUGUUUAUGAUUUACAAGCUAAUGAAGAUUAUUUUUAUUUAUUUUAGAAGAUUUCAGUUCCAGGAUAGCGUACAGUAACUAUAUAAAUAACAGUAAAUAAGCAAAACGCUACAGGAAUAAGACAGUAAAAGGAGCAGUUAAAAUAAAGCCAUGAAAUUAAGCAGAACGGAUAAAACUGUAUUCAAGCCAACUUCCAUUAUAUGCUAAAACAGGUUGCAAACUGGAUAAACUCUUGGUGUGCACUUCACCAGAAAUUAGGUGGGGUUUUUUUUUGGGGGGGGGGGGGAGCAUAUUCACUUUUUCCAGCUUUAAUUGGGGAGAUCACCCAAUUGGCUUCAAACCCUAUUGGCUUCAGUAGAAGACUUUGCAGUCUGUUUGCAGCUGAAGGGGCUUUGAAUGUGCCACAAAGGGCCUUGCUUUCUUUUCUCAUUCAAAAUCCCUUCUGUCAAGGGUUCAAAAUGUGUGUUUAAUAUUUCAUACAGAUGUUUCAGCCAUUGUCCAUUAAACUAGUUUAAUCUGGCUUUGUCCACAAGGUGGCAGAAACUGAUCAGUUUUUUUCAAAACUGGAACUUUAUAGCCUCGUUGUGUUAAUUUGUCAUACAAAAUAUUUUUUCUCUUGCAUGCUUAAGAGAGCACAAGAAGUAAAAUCCAUUUGGAAUAUUCCUUGUAUAGCCCUUCUUUUGAAGGAGCUGGGGCAGACACCUUAGCUCAGUAGCAGACCACAUGCUUUCUGGGCAAGAUCAGGAAGCAAGUGAUGGGAAAGACUCUCACUUGACAUCCUGCAGAACCACUGCUACUCAGAGUGGGCCAGUACAUGACACUGGGAGGAGAACAUUCUCGCACCAGAAGGCAAAAUUCCCUAAUGGAAAACCCUCUGGGGGCUUCAAGCCUCUGGUGUGCAGGGCCAGAGCAGUAAAUGAACAGUUUCCCUUUACACACACUUGCACAUCCCUCUCUAUCCUGAAUCUAGGCAAGCAAGACGCAUUAUCAGAGUUCGAUACAUGCCAGCCAGCCAGAAAAAAACCCAGGGAAGGUGAAAAUCAGUCAGAGAACAGUGGGGGUGGAGAAAGGGAGGCCUGCUUUUGACCAGCAAGUCUGAGGUUCCCCAACCCUGGUCUGAGAAAGCCAAACCCCUUCUCCCAACCCCAUCCUCUCUCAUCCAUGCCUUGAGACUACACUCAUGCAUCUAUCUAGCUGGUCCCGCACGUGGCUCUGGUAGUAUUUCAGAAACAGCUACCUUAAUGUCUCUGCCGGUCAGCUUUCUACUGAGCAACCACCAGCAUUUAAACUUUUUUUUUGGGGGGGGGGAUACUGCUUUCCAUGUGCUAUCCCAGCCUAAGAACUGGGGCUAGCUUUCCAGUCGUACUACGGAAUUGGAGUGUGCCUUUAAUUGUUGUAACCACUAACUGGCAUCUGCUUUGUUUUUUAGGUUCUACCUAAUUGGUGGUGGCAUCCCUGUGAUAGUCUGUGGGAUAACAGCUGCUGCAAAUAUAAGGAAUUAUGGAAGCAGGCCUCAUGCAGCAUAGUAAGUAUUUGGGUGGAUAUAUUUAACUGAAAUUAUUAUUAAGAGUAACAUGAAAGCAGAUGCCUUUCUCACAUUUUGCUUUUAUUGUCUUAUUGCAGUUGUUGGAUGGCAUGGGAACCAAGCUUGGGAGCAUUUUAUGGACCUUCCAGUUUCAUUAUAUUCGUUAACUGCAUGUAUUUUCUCAGCAUAUUUAUACAACUGAAGAGGCACCCUGAGCGUAAAUUUGAACUUAAAGAGCCAGCUGAGGAGCAGCAGCGUUUAGCUACCAAUGAACACAGCGACCUCAACCACCAGGAUUCAAUGUCUGUGUCCCUGGUUUCCACUUCAGCUUUGGAGAAUGAGCACAGCUUCCAUGCUCAGCUUCUGGGCGUGAGCCUCACUUUAUUUCUGUACGUGGCCCUGUGGAUUGUCGGGGCCUUUGCUGUUUCUUUAUAUUACCCCUUGGAUUUGGUAUUUAGCUGCUUUUUUGGAGUUGUGUGUUUAACUCUUAGUGGUUUCCUAAUAACGCAUCAUUGCAUCAACCGGGAAGAUGUCCGACAUGCUUGGAUCACAACUUGCUGCCCUGGAAGGAGCACAUACUCGGUACAAGUGAACAUUCAGCCCUCUUCCAGCGCGAGCGGGGCAAAUGGGGAACCUGCCAAGUGCACCAAUAGCAGUGCAGAGUCGUCAUGCACUAAUAAAAGUGCGCCAAGCUUAAAAAAUUCUUCUCCGGGCUGUAAGCUGACCAAUAUACAGGCUGCAGCAGCUCAGUGUCCUGCAGGCCCCUUGGCACUAAACACAGGCCCUCCACUCGAUAACAGCCUUACUGAGCACUCAGUAGACAAUGAGAUCAAAAUGCACGUGGCCCCUUUAGAGGUGCCUUUACGGACAAAUGGGCACCCAGGUCGCCAUCACAAAAACAGGAGUAAAGGGCAUCGUGCCAGCAGGCUAACCGUCUUGCGGGAGUAUGCUUACGAUGUCCCCACCAGCGUGGAAGGAAGCAUCCAAAAUGGCAUGCCCAAACCCCGUCAAAGUAUCAGCGAAGGGCAUUCAAGGAGCCGAAGAGCUUAUUUGGCCUACAGGGAGCGGCAGUAUAACCAGUCUCAGCAAGACAGCAGUGGUGAUGCUUGCAGCACUCUUCAGAAAGGACACAGGAAUACCGAAAAGACAGUGCCAACAAACUUCAAAAAGGAUGUACUUAGGAAGCCCAUAGUGGCCGAGCUGGAAGGGCAGCAGAAGUCCUAUGGCUUAAAUUUGGCUGUCCAGAACGGGCCACUAAAAAGCAGUGCCCAGGAUGCGACAUUACUGACUGCUGACAGCACUGGCAAUAUCAGGACUGGGUUAUGGAAACAUGAAACUACUGUGUAGUGCCACUGGACAUUAUCCUUGAAAGGAUUUAAAUGGAACUUUUCUUCCGUGCUAUGAAUAAUUUUCCACAGUUUACAGACAUGGGUACGUUGAGCGGGGAGAGUAUUGGGUAGGAGAGAGCUGCCAUUUUAAAAUAUUUUAUACUUUUUAAAAGUAUACCUGCGACAUUUUUGCAGGAGAUCUGUUACUCUGUGAAUCUUUCAUUAUAAGAUUCUGUUUUGAGAUGCAGAAUUGGACAGUAUUUUUUUUACAUGUUAACAUUCUCUCUCUUAGGUAUGUCCAUCACAUUUCACUUUUAUAUUUAAAUGUGUAAAAUAAAUAACUUUCUCUAAAAUCCAUAUGCACAGUAUUGGUUCAGACGGUCAGGUGGUGGGGUGUUGUGCCUAAAAUCUGACAUUACAGUUGCUGAGAAAAGACACACUGCCAAAAUGGUAAGUUCUAGGCUGGUGCUUCUAUCCAGGACCUCCUUGCAC